AUUUCCGCUCCGUGGUCCGGGCGCGCUCCUCGUGAUUCCCCCGACCGCUGCAGAGGUUGCAGAGCCUUUGGACAUGAGAGAAAUCCUAUAUAAAAUGUAUCCAUCCUGAAAGGACUUCCAAGCUCUUUACCUAGAGUAAGAUAAAUUAGAUCUCCUUAGGUAACCUGAGGGUGCUGAGAAGAGGCUUUCUCAUUGAGCUGGGGGGUGCAGUGACACAUCUAAAGUUCUUUCAAGGACAGCCUGCAUGUCUCACUGAAUGCUGGAAAGCAGUGGACUACAAACUGGAGCCUGGAGCCUUGUUUUAGCAAAUACAGCCUGCAAGCUAAGAAGACAUUUUACUUUUCUAAAGGGUGAUGAUAAAAACAAAGUGGUGGCUGCAUCAAGAGUGGCACACCUUUAGUUCUAACACUCAGAGUCAGAGGCAGGCAGAGCUGAGUUCAAGGCCAACCAUGUCUACAGUGUGAGUUCCAGGACAACCAGGGCUACACAGAGAAGCCAUAUCUCAAAAAGGACAAGUUGCUUCCUGAAGGAUCCAUGUGUAUUGUUCAAAACACAAGCUUAAAAAGAGUGCCUGCAGACAGAUGGCCCACAUCUUCGUGUAUGGCACCCUGAAGCGCGGCCAACCCAACCACAAAGUCAUGCUGGACCAUUCACAUGGCUUAGCAGCCUUCCGAGGCCGAGGCUGCACAGUUGAGUCCUUCCCACUGGUGAUUGCAGGCGAGCACAACAUACCUUGGCUGCUGUACCUACCAGGCAAGGGCCACUGUGUGACAGGUGAGAUCUACGAGGUGGACGAGCAGAUGUUGCGUUUCCUGGAUGACUUUGAAGACUGCCCCAGCAUGUACCAGCGCACAGCCCUGCAGGUGCAGGUGCUAGAGUGGGAGGGUGACGGUGACCCUGGGGACAGUGUGCAGUGCUUUGUGUACACUACAGCCACCUAUGCACCCGAGUGGCUGUUUCUUCCCUACCAUGAAAGCUAUGAUUCUGAGGGUCCACAUGGGCUACGCUACAACCCCCGGGAAAACAGAUAAAGGGCUGUGCCCCAGACGCCAACAGGAUGGAGGGAACCAGAUAGCUUCCUGGCAUAAGCAGAGCGUUCCAAGUUCAACUCUAAAGCAUGCUGACAAAACAUUUUUGUCAUAUACUCUAAUCUGAUGUGACUUAAUACUGCUUUAGUCUUAAGGAGCACCUGGACUUGCAGGUACUAGAUAGGAAACACUCUAGACUGAGGUCCCUGGUUCUCCUCACUGCCUUUUUUUUUUUUUUUUUUUUUUUUAAAUUUGCUUUGCUCUAACCUGAAGAUGGCAUCUUCUGAGACUAAAAAGACUAGGCUGCAGUUGCAUCUCAGAAGUCGAAUCUAGAAAGAAAUGGCAGGAAAUACUGAAUUGGGUUGGAUCAGUGUAAAAACAUCAAGGAAAGCAUGUUGUACUUAAACUAUGUGCUCCAUCCACCCCAACCCCACUUGCAAUUUCCAAAUCACACACAAACUAUUAAAAUGGCCAUUAAAAUACGAGUUUGCUGUU